AAGAAACCUUUCUAUGUGCACAAGGUAAUGGCCAACUUCGUCAUAACACGAGUCUUAGGUUUUCUUAAUCCCUCUUCUCAAACUGUGCAGAUAGGGGUGGUGUGUCUGGCCCUCCUAGGCCUGACCUCAGCCCUGAUUUGUCCCGAUGGUGGGAUGUGUGAAGAUGGGAACACCUGCUGCAAGACCCCCAGCGGUGGAUAUGGCUGCUGUCCAUUACCAAAUGUAAGUGAUUAGUCUCUGGUCGUCUAAAGUUUGUAUGUGAGUGAUUGCUUGAUUAAAUGAGGUAACUGCAGGACAGAUUGUCGGUCCAGCUGACCCUGCUUUGAACUGGUAGUGUGAAAAUGCUUACUCAGCACCAUAGUGUGAAAGAACAAAGCUAAGAACAUAGCUAAUAUUAUGGCCAUAGCUCAGCAACACCAUCAUCAGUGAUGGGUUCUAUUCAUUCAAAUGUUGUAACAUAGCUAUAAAAUCAUGACUUUUUCAAAGUACACACUGUCUUAAAACCCUUCUCCAGGCUGAGUGCUGUUCCGACCACCUGCAUUGCUGCUAUGAGGGGACAGUGUGUGACUUAGUCCACUCCGAGUGCCACAAUAAAACCGUCUCUCUGCCGUGGGUCAGAAGAGUCCCUGCACAACACCUAAUCAGCCCUCUGGUAAAGGGAAUGCAACGUUAUUCUCCAUAUCUCUGUGUAUUAUAAUCUAUAGUGUCUGUUUUGUUUAAUAUAGAUUAGAUUUUAAUAAUGAUUCUUUUAAGCCUUUUCGACAAUGUUAUUUAACUCUAGUUGCAUGAAUGGGAUGCAUUUGUCAACCCCCCCCUCAUUGGUAUGCAUUGGCUGUCACUCCAUUAGAUGCUGGAGGGCGUGAGGGCAGUCAUUUGUCCCGACGGCGAGUCGGAGUGUCCGGACGACACCACCUGCUGUCAACUCCCAGAAGGCUCCUGGGGCUGCUGUCCGCUGGCCAAGGUACGUUACACACUUGUCCCAUAUUCUGUAUCUGGAAGUCCUCUUUGAGUGCAAUUUUGACAGUGUUAAAUUGCCGAGAUGUAUGUAGGUGAUGUGAAUAAUAAAGUAGGGGUUUGCAUAUUUUAGCGCUGUCAAAAUGAGGCUCUUUAUGUUGAACUGUUGCCUCAGGACCAUUGUCUCUUCCUAUGGUUGUACAAUGUUCACCCGGAACCACCACUGUAAUGUGUUGCAAAGAUGUAUCAGUUGAUUCUGCAACUGUCAACAAUGCCCACUAAAAUACCCUAGUGACCCUUUUGAGAUAAUUGAUUCAUCCGCACAUUGUAAGUCCCUCUGGUCUUCUUGAGUGUCAUAAAUAACAUGUUAAGUGUCAAUACCCCUUAUGCUUGGCUUCAGCUAUUAACAGAGUAUACAUUUGGGUAUAAAGUGACCUGACCUGACCUGACUCCUAGGCAGCAGAUUAGUCAUAGUUAAUGAAGUGAGUCACAGUGACUGCUGGAGGGGGUUUUCACUAAGCGGAAUCAAGGGGUUAAUGAGAAACUUUUUUUCUACAGUACUUGCAAAAGCGGGCUCACUUUGUGAAAUACUCUCUUUGUCUCAGAAUUGUUAUUGUAAAUAUUUGAUUGUAAUGGUUAACACUUCAGGGGGCAAAAUGCUACUUACUGUAUUAUUACGGUAUUAAUAAUUUGAAACAGCUUACCCUGUCCCAGGUGGCAAAUGUAGUUGAUUUGGGUAUGGAUAUACACAGUGUUGUGGCAAAUAUCCGGAAUAACUGUUAAUGUACUUCUUUAUUACGAGUUGCAGCAAGGGAGACUCACUCCAGACACAGCUAGAGUAGGACUGAAUAAACCUUUGUUCAUACACUAUAGUUAUAGGGACUGUCUAUCUCUUGCAGAAACUGUUUGUGUUCGCACAGCACCUGCUCUCAGUCAAACACACAAUAUUCUGGGCGUUCUGCCAAUUACCCUCCUUACAUCAUGUUAUCGCAUGGUUCCUCUCAUAGUUCUGCAAAGCUGGUUACCCUCAAGUUACCAAACAUAGGCAUUUUACUAUUCAGCAACAGUUCCUUUAUUGUACACGUAAAGAAUUAACAUAAGCAUGAAUAUAUGAUUUGACAUAAGCAUAUAGUAAAUAUUCCUCAACAACAGAGUAGGCCUAUUUCUGUUACAUGUAUUUCAAUAACUUUUUGAGUAUUUUUUUAAAGUUUGUAUUUGAAAGCGUUGGAAUAAAUCACCAUGUAAUUUGUAACCAGAUACUUCAGAGAAUGGUACUUUGUAUUUUCAGUUUUAUAGCAAUUCACAAUUUUGUGGCCCCAUAUCACCCCAAAUGUACUGCAUUGGUAUCAUAAAGAGGGGUGAAAGUAAGCCGGUACUGUCCGUUACGUAAUAGUGGGGGUACGCCAUACCGGUUGAACAUGAGCCUAUGACAAUAAUUAAACAAAGAUGCCAAAGAAACUGUAAUCUACAGUGCCUUCGGAAAGUAUUCAGACCCCUUUACUUUUUCCACAUUUUGUUACGUUACAGCCUUAUUCUAAAAUGUCCAUCAUCAAUCUACACACAAUACCCCAUAAUGACAAAGCAAAAACAGGUUUUUAGAAAUGUUUGCUAAUUUAAAAACCGGAAAUAUUACAUUUACAUAUUUAUUCAGACCCUUUACUCAGUAUUUUGUUGAAGCACCUUUGGCAGUGGUUACAGCCUUGAUUAUUCUUGGGUAUGACGCUACAAGCUUGGCACACCUGUAUUUGGGGAGUUUCUCCCAUUCUUCUAUGCAGAUCCUCUCAAGCUCUGUCAGGUUGGAUGGGGAUCGUCGCCGCACAGCUAUUUUUAGGUCUCUCCAGAGAUGUUAGAUGGGCUCUGGCUGGGCCACUCAAGGACAUUCAGAGACUUGUCCCGAAGCCACAUCUGCGUUAUCUUGGCUGUGUGCUUAGGGUCGGUGUCCUGUUGGAAGGUGAACCUUUACUAUUAGGCCCACAGAGAUCCUAUUAAAUUAAUAGAGAUUCUAUAUGUAAUUCUGUGUUUAUAAUUGCACACACAGGGAUGUACCGUACUGGGAAUAAAUUAAGUCUACUUUCACCCCUGAUCAGAAGUCUUAUGGCACUAUUGUGUGAAGCCAUGAGAGGUGUUGGAUGUGUGGAGGACCUUGAAAGAAAGUUGAAGCACAAGGAUGCGCGUCCAGAGCGAGGAUAAUUCAGUGAAUUUGGUCGAAAAGGGGGAAGUGAACUCGGGAAGUGAGUCCUGUGCCUCAACCUUCGCACCUGGUGGUAAUGCACACAGGAUCUCAUUUCUAACACCAAUUCUGCAAUUUUUUAGUAAUCGGUAGCCACAAAGCUCUGAAGAACUGUGCCAAUUGUCUGGGCUAUUGGUACUGUUCAUAGCAUGUUAACCAACGGUCACAGGAUGUUUUGUAACACAUUUAAGGAGGCUUCUUGCAAAUGUAUUUUCUGUAUUGUAAUAAUUUUUUAAAAAGUUUUUGAUACAUUUGGUCUUUACGGUAUUUUGUAACGAGAUACAUUAAAAUGUAUCUUUGCCAAUCUCUGCAUAUACACACAUUAAGUAAUGGCAGAGUUGGAUUUGCUAUUUAAUAACCCUAUUCUGAAGCAUUCUAAACCUUGUUUUUCUAUUCUCUCUCAAGGCGGUGUGCUGUGAGGACAAGAUGCACUGCUGUCCAGAGGGCACCAGGUGUGACCUAGCCCACUCCAAGUGUGUGUCGCCCACCCUGGAUUCCUUCCCCAUGAGGGGAAAGGGGCCUGCAAGGAGGAGGCAGACGGGUACUGAAGGGACAGACAGAAAUAAACAACAAGAUCAUCAUGAAGUUGUUGAAUUAUGUUCUAGGGUUGUGUCCAUUAGAGCAUACAACAGAAAACAUCAGUCUCUUUUCUUCGGUUUAGAGCCUAAUAAUAAAAAAUAAAAAUUUUUUUUUUUAACUAGGCAAGUCAGUUAAGAACAAAUUCUUAUUUACAAUGACGGCCUAUCAAAAGUUAAAAGGCCUACUACGGGGGCUGGGAUUAAAUAAAUUAAUAUAUAUAAAUAUAGGACCAAACACACAUCACAACAAGAGAGACAACACAACACUACAUAAAGAGAGACCUAAGACAACAAUAUAGCAUGGCAGGCAGCAACACACGACAACACAGCAAGGUAGCAACCCAACAUGACAACAACAUGGCAGCAGCACAACAUGGUAGCAGCACAAGACAUGGUACAAACAUUAUUGGGCACAGACAACAGCACAAAGGGCCAGAAGGUAGAGACAACAAUACAUCACGCGAAUCCUAUUUAUUUUCCCAUUUGUCUGUCUGUUCCUGGUGAUUGGACACACAGUGACAUGCCCAGGUGGUACGAGCAGAUGCCCAGACGGAACCACCUGUUGCCUGCUGACCAGUGGAGACUAUGGCUGCUGCCCCUACCCGGAGGUGAGUGGAGCUGGGGCAGUACAGACGACCAUGGGGUCACAUAAUCUCAAGCUAUUUUAUUCAGCUGUGUGUUGCACAAUAUGUGUUGUACACAGUCUGAUGUGUAAAAUACAUGUGACGGACAGUUAUUAGUCUAAGAAAGUGUUUCAAAAUGAGGAAAGUGUAGCUAAAGGCACAGGGGGAAAUGCAGAGGUUGAACAUUUGAAAACGGAUAAACUACGUGUUUAAUCAAUGUGUGUUCUGUACAGGCUAGGUGCUGUACCGACAAACUCCACUGUUGCCCCAGCAAUACAACCUGUGACCUGGAGCAUGAGAUGUGCACUUCCCCCGACACACAGACCCCAAUGGCCAAGAAGAUCCCUGCCAUCCCCAACAAUGGUGAGGCACAAACCCCUUCUCCCCCUAAUCCCUGGCUACUGAAUGUUACUAAUUUAUUUUGUAGUGUAAACCUGUAAUUUUCCAGUGGAAUCAAUGGUUAUGCAGUCAUGUAGUCCUCUGUAAGAAAAUAAAAAUAUAUAUUUUUUUGUUUCUGUUGGUAUAUUACAUUUUUUUAAUGUGCAUCUCUCUUUCAGUGGAUUGUGCAGACAAGGUGUCAUCGUGUCCUGACGAGACCACUUGCUGCCUGCUGGGAAAUGGGAGUUAUGGCUGCUGCCCUAUGCCAAAUGUGAGUCCUCUGCUCUCAGCCCAAUAACUCACCACACAUCCAUAAUCAGCUGCCAGGAAAUAUCAGCUCCUGUAGGAUUCAGCUGUAUCAAGACCCCUCUGUUGCUCUCCUCAGGCUGUGUGUUGUCCGGACCACCUCCACUGCUGUCCUGAGGGAACCACCUGUGACAUGGAACAGAGCACCUGUGUGUCUAAACACGGCCAAACUUCCAUGGCUGUCAAAUUCCUCGCCACAUUGACCAUGACAUCCCUACAGAGCGCAGGUCAGAGACAAAGUUCUACAUCAAACAUUGGCGCAUGAUGUUAACAUUGAUUUGCAACAGACUAUCCAAGUCGGAAUAUUCAAGAUGAAAAGCUACAUAGCGACAGAAGUGUAAUGUCCAUACAUUAACAUGAAUGUGUGUGCUCUGUGCCCUUCAGUCAAUGCUGUGCCCUGCAACGACUCUGUGGCCUGCGCUGACGGGACCACGUGCUGUAAAUUACUAAAUGGAGAAUGGGCCUGCUGCCCCCUGCCCAAGGUACUGUAAACUACUUUUGUAUGUGUGUCAGCCAUAAUUCCUGUCACACUUGACAGUAGAGCUCAGCCCUUGAGACCCUGACCUGAUGUAUUAUUCUUGAGUAAUUCCAUGUAUUAAUGUUGAAAGUGAGUGCCGCUCUUUUACGAUCAGUGGUGUUACAUUUGUCUUGUAGCAUUACAGAUAUGAGAACAGAAACACUAUAUACACUGUAGACUCCUCCUGAGCCAAUGAGCCCCGCACUAAUUCCUUUGACUUCCCCGUAGGCUGUGUGUUGUGAUGACCACCUCCACUGCUGCCCCCACGGGACCAUCUGUAACUUGGUAGAGAGUACGUGUGAUGACCCUUCUUCGGGCUCUGCCCUGGUACCCAUGCUGGACAAGGUGCCGGCCUUUAGCUAUGCGUCGAAGGAUGAGCCGCUGCCCAAUAGCAAAUGUGACAAAUCCACGUCGUGCCCGGGCAAAUCCACGUGCUGCAAGACCACCACAGGAAACUGGGCAUGCUGCCCCCUGCCCAAUGUAUGGACAUUUCCACAUACACCCCCACUGACUUAUUUGCCAUGUCCUUGUUAAGGGUCUUACCUUUUAGCUCUCUUUGUUCACUUUAGGUAACCUCAGGUUGAAUUUGAUUGAAUGAUGUCCAUGUUAAAUUAUAUUCCUAAAGUAACUGGACUUGAAUUAACUCUAAUUGGAAAACACUACUGUCCCUGUACAGUCAUUCCGAGUGGUGCUAAUUUGAUACUCUUAUGAAUAGUCCUUUUUUCCAAUCAUCUCAGUGAGUCAUUGAAUUAAAUCCGAGGCAAAUAAGCAUCACGUUUCUAGCCUAAAGGUAGCCUAACUGUUAUGUCAGUACUAACAAGCCCAUGCGUUCUCUGUGCCCCUCAGGCGGUGUGUUGCAACGACCACCUCCACUGCUGCCCCCACGGCACUGUGUGUAACCUGGAGGCCAGUACCUGUGAUGACCCCUCAGGCUUCAACAUGCCGUGGGUCACCAAGGUGCCAGCACUCAUCACCCAGGCACCACUGGCCACUGAGAUGUGUGACGAACAGACCAUGUGCCCCGGGGGCACCACCUGCUACAGACAGAACUCAGGACAGUGGGCAUGCUGUCCUCUACCUGAUGUGAGUUAACUUUUUCCCCCAUCUGAUGGUUUCAGUAGCUAAAUUUCCAUUCAAUUGGCGACAGAUUUUCAUGCGAAUAUUCAAAACAAAUAUAUAUAAUAUGCGCAUUUUCCCACUAGAGAUGUUUCCAUCAAAUUGACUUGUUGCAGAUAAAAGACUGUGCGUGAUGACGUAGUACACAUAAAAAUACCUUUUGUGGUUAAAUUCCCAUUUACCAAAUAAACAUUUUUAAAAAGUUUAAUGGGUUUCCAUUGCAUUUUCAACUAUUUUGGUUUUCUCACAAAAUAAAUUGCGUUUUAUAUAGCGAUUGUGCCCACUCUGGUAUUGGCACGUCUGCUCCAGUCAACAGCGUGCAGAUACACGUAUAGCCCACCAUUUUUAUUUGUCAAACGGCAGCCAAGCAUCAAUGAUCAUGUAACCAGAAUAAGACCCUCGAGAUUUAUUGGGAAGGAGCAUCAAGCUCAUCACCUUGCACUUUCACCACCCGGUGAAGUUCCUAACUUAUUUAAUCUGUAGCCUAAUAAACCACAUGUCAUCGCGUGACUCCCAAGUUUACUUCGAUAUGAUGGUUAUUAUAUCAAUAUUUGCGCAUAAGCGUUUCCACCAAUAUUUCUCGCAUAAUUCAUUUUACAGACACAAAAGAUCCCACCUUCUCUAGUGUAUUUUGUUUUGUCGACAUUUGGAAAGUUUACCGAAAAAUUCAGUUUCCAUCAGGCCUGUCAUGACAUUUAUGUGCUUUACUCGCAUAAAAAAAGUUGGAUGGAAACCUGGUUAAUGACUCUCUUCAUAGACGAAUGAAGAUUAAUUAAGAUUAAUUGAAGAGUUUUGUAAAAUUCUGAAGGAACAUUGAUUUAAGACUUGACACAAACCUCCUGUGGUCUCAGCAUGCCUCUUUAUGAAUACCAGCCUCGAUAUUUGGUGAUUGCAAAACAAGGGCUCUUAACUGUAAGUUAAGAUUUGAAAUAAUGUUAUUGUUGCCCCUUAGGCGGUGUGCUGCGACAACAAUGAGCACUUCUGCCCUAAAGGCUACACGUGUAACGUGGCCGAGCAGACCUGUGACAAAGCCGGGACCCUCAGCUUGCCCUGGGUCCCCAAGGUGCUAGCCCUGCUCGUGCACAGAGUGCUUCCCCAGGCCAGUGCCCCCUCCGUCCCCCCAGCCAAGAACAUGUGUGACCCCCACACCAGCUGCCCCAAAUAUACCACCUGCUGCUUCAUGAACAAGGCUGGCAAGUGGGGAUGCUGCCCCCUGCCAAAGGUAAGGAGGCUACUCUGAGGCCUUUGGCUGUGGCAACUUUUCAAGAUAUUAUUAUUUAUGAUGAACAAAGCAAUGGCAACACUAUUUUAAGUAACAGAAAAUUGACAGUUGAAAUUAUAAAAAUUGUUAAUUGUUACUUACUCCUCUUUGCUCCUUGUGGAGCAUAAGGCCGCCUGGAAUUACAUGGUGAAAUAGUGAAUAUACACUAUUAAUCUCUGUAUGACCUCUGUAAAUGGUCUGCUCCUCCCCAGGCGAUGUGCUGUGCCGACGGAGACCACUGCUGCCCCAGCGGCUACAGCUGUGAUGACCACAAGACCUCCUGCACUAAGGGCCACCUGACCAUCCCCUGGUACCGCAAAGAGAAGGCCCUGACUGAGGGAGCCAUGUUGAAAGACGUAAAGUGUGACGACAAGAGCAGCUGUGCCUCGGGGGCCACCUGCUGCAAGCUGCCCACAGGCGAAUGGGGCUGC